GACGAUGAAAAUUCAAUACUUCAGACGCGCACGCUCACAUGCGCGCGCACUACGCAGUGAAAGCAUGAAUGAGAGUGACGCAUGAGGAAGUGACCGUUCAUCUCCGUGACUUAUUCCGACACGAGCCGGAACAUCUCCAGGCCGAUGAGAAACAAGAAACCUUCCUCUUCUUCUUCUUCAUCAUCUCGAUGUUUUAACUGGGACGUUUUCUGGCGCGAGUCUGGCGGCGCGAGGAUCGUUGGAGGGGAAUCCCGACGGUCACGAGGGGGCGUGGCCACUGGAUGUGCGCGCGCGCGCGUGUGUGUGUGUGUGUGUGUGUGUGUGUGUGUGGCACGUGCAGCGUCAGUGAGGACUACAGACCCGGAGUUGAUCCCGCUUCUCUCCGCAGCCUUUCAGCUUCAAAUUCCCGGAUUAUAUAUUUCAUAUCGAUUAUUGAUCGUCAUCGUGCCGCUGAUCAGCUGAUGUAUUUCCCCUCGUCAGUCCUCCGUCUGGUUCUCUGCAUCAUGUCUCUUCAGAUUCUCUUCAGAGCGGACACGCUUCAGCAGGACCAGCCUCGCAGCUCCUCCCGGGCUCCUAUCAACUGAUAAUCAGUCGCGCUGGGGAGUUAUCGAUCCUCGCCUCCGUGAUCGAUUACCUGAAGCUUCGCAGCAGCAGAUACAGUUAGAAGAUCAAUGUGGAUGAGAAGAUUUCUGUUUUAAACAUCAGUGUUGGACAACAGGCAGUUUGUGUUUUUCACAGUUGAACUGUUAAGUACUUUUGGAAGUACUUCAUAAUACCGCAGAUCAGUGGGAUUGAACUGGAUUUUCAUCCUGAUAUCACCUAUAACACGUGUCUUGCUGACGUCAUCAGGUGCUGUGCUCCUAUUGGAGCGUCUUUGAGGAUCAUAAUGCGUGAAGGCCACCAGCUGUGACAGCAGUUUGUAGGUGUGGCAGUGACGGACGGCGGCCUGUAGGGGGCGAUGGCCGCCGCCUAUAGCAGCCGGGACAUCGUGGAGGAUUACCUCCGCUACAAGCUGCUCAACAACGGCGUGGCGUGGCGCGUCCCGCCGCGGCGGCGCAGCCCGGGCGGUCAGCGCAGUCACAGCCAAGCUGCCUCAACGUCAUGGUUGUCAUGGAGAUCUGAGGGAGCUAGGACGUCACACCAGGGAGUCACUCCGGAAGGCUCCCAGCAAGAUCCCUGCUUGGCUCCGCCCCGGCUGCAGGUCGUCCUGCGGUGCGCCGGUAACGAGCUGGAGCGGUGUUACCGCGGCGACCUGUCGGCCCAUGUCUCGGUGCUGCUGCAGCACGAUGGCGGCGGGCAGGUGCGACUGCGAGACCUGACGGCGGUCAGGGAGGAGCUGUUCAGGGACGGGGUGAACUGGGGACGUAUCGUGGCCAUGAUGGAGCUGGGCGGAGCUCUGUGCACCGAGGUGGUCAAGACAGGCGGGAUGAGGCAGGUGGACGACAUCGCCGGGUGGAUGGAGGAGAGUCUGGACUCGCCGCCGCUCCGGGGAUGGAUAGAAGACAACGGAGGAUGGGAUGCCUUUGUGGAGUUGUACGGUGAGUCCAGACCUCCAGUCAGUUUCUGGUCUCUGAGGACAGUGUUUGGACUGGCUGUCCUGGGAGCAGCUGGGAUCACACUGGGAGCCCUGUUCACCCAGAGAUGAAACUGGUCUGAUCCAGUCAGCAGCCUCGGAGCUGCAGUUCCUCCAACGUCCACCAGAUGCUGCUGUGAUCAAACUCUGACUGUAUCGAAGUGAAUGAGAAAACCUCCCAACUUCUCUCUAGAAACACAGUCAGGGCAGUUUUUACACAAGUUCAGCUCUCAGCAGAUUCACUGGGCUUCUUCUUCUUCUGUCAGACUGAGGGAGGAUUUUCAAAAUAAAUGUUCCAUUAAGGAGGUAUUACGGUUUGCUUGCUGGUCCCUCCUCAGUUGACAGUAGAGUUUGGACAGAACUCAAACCUGACACCAAACUGGACCGGAAUAUAUGACGGGGUAUUUAAAGGCUUUUUGUGCAUGGAUUAAGGGCUUUUUAAUUACCACAAACAUUCCCCUUUAUACCUUAAAAUGAUGAAUGAUUAAAUAAUGAUCAUUCAAUUUUAUACUUUUUCAGUCAAGAUACAAAUUGGCUUUGUUACUUGGUUAAUCUUAGUUGAUGCUUAAUCUAGUAAAUUAAAGAGUAAUUAAUGGAUUCAGAUAUAUUUAGGGCUUUAAAGGGAUUUUCUACAUGGAUUAAGGGGUUUUAAGGGGUUUUACAGAUAUCUUUUACUAAUUUACCCUGAAGUUUCAGCUUAAUUGCAAAAAAACC